CUUCACUGCCAUGGUUUCCACUCCUGAGAACCGCCAGAACUUCAUUGCCUCAGUCAUCAAAUUCCUGCGCCAGUAUGAGUUUGAUGGGCUGGACUUUGAUUGGGAGUACCCUGGCUCUUGUGGGAGCCCCCCUCAGGACAAGCAUCUCUUCACUGUCCUGGUGCAGGAAAUGCGUGAAGCUUUUGAGCAGGAGGCCAAGCAGAUCAACAGUCCCAGGCUGACGGUCACUGCUGCAGUAGCUGCUGGCAUCUCCAACAUCCAGUCUGGCUAUGAGAUCCUCCAGCUGUCCCAGUACCUAGACUACAUGCAUGUCAUGACCUAUGACCUCCGUGGCUCCUGGGAGGGCUACACUGCAGAGAACAGCCCCCUGUACAAAUACCCUACUGACAAGGGCAGCAAUGCCUACCUCAAUGUAUCAUACGUCAUGAACUACUGGAAGGAAAAUGGGGCCCCAGCUGAGAAGCUUAUCGUUGGAUUCCCUACCUACGGCCACACCUUCAUCCUGAGUGACCCCUCCAACACUGGCAUUGGUGCCCCCACCUCUGGUGCUGGUCCUCCUGGGCCCUCUACCAGGCAGUCUGGGUUCUGGGCCUACUAUGAGAUCUGUACCUUCCUGAAAAAUGGAGCCACUCAGGCAUGGGACACCCCUCAGGAUGUUCCUUAUGCCUAUCAGGGCAACCAGUGGGUUGGCUAUGAUAAUGUCAAGAGCUUCGAUAUCAAGGCUCAGUGGCUUAAGGAGAACAAUUUUGGAGGUGCCAUGGUCUGGGCCAUAGACCUUGAUGACUUCACAGGCACUUUCUGCAACCAGGGCAAGUUCCCCCUGAUCAAUACCCUGAAGAAAGCCCUUGGACUGCAGAGUGCAAGUUGCACCAGCCCUGCUAAGCCAGUUGAGCCCCUAACCUCUCCUCCCAGCGGUGGAAGUGGGACCGGAAAUGGAAGCGGGAGCAUCUCCUCCGGAAGCAGUUCUGGAGGCAGUUCUGUGGGUAGUGGGUUCUGUGCCGGCAAAGCCAACGGCCUCUACCCCGUGGUGAAUAACAGAAAUGCCUUCUGGCACAGAAGGUACGUGAAUGGAGUCACGUACCAGCAGAAUUGCCAGGUGGGGCUUGUCUUUGACCCCAGCUGUGAGUGCUGCAACUGGGCAUAAACCUGACCUGUGCCUCCAUUCCCGAGGGUUCGGAACAGUCUCCCUUGCUUAGUGCAUCUUGCUCCUGCCUAGAGUUCUGCAAUAAAAGCCAUCAGUCAAAACAUGAGUGUCCUUGGUUUUAGGUGAUUUGGGUGGAAACCUUUCUAGAUGUGAAAAUACAGGCUGUGCAGGGGUUGGAGAGCAAAAGAGUGUGUAAGGAAGUGGGGGGGUAGCGACAACCCCACAGUCUUCUGUUUGCCUCAGUUGAUCUGCGUGAAGGCUGGAGGCUGUCAUGAGGGAGGAAAUGUUUGGAUGUUUGGUGCUGGAAUGGGAUGAGGACAUGAAGAAAAUAGGCCCGUAGCCUGGUGACUGUCCUCGGGAAAGAGCCAAAGUGACUCUGUGAGACCAGGGAGCACAGGCCUGUGGGGUUCGCUCAAAAAGCAGAAGCAGGGGGCAUUGUGUUCAAAACUGUUAAGAUCCCAAACCUGGCCCAGCACCUUCUAAAUUGGCAGCUUUGGGAAGAUCUGUGACAUAGACUCCUUUUGAAAUGUCUGCCUACCCCAUGGGUCAGCCAUGUCCCUUGAUCAGGAGAUUUUCCCCUUCUUUGAAACCAUGGCAGUGGUCACCAACUGCUGUGCUUACACUGCAUGGUCUCCUUGCCUGGCUUGGCUGAUUGACUAGGAUGGACAUCAGACUCAAGAGGGCCAAUCUGAUUAUCAACACUUGAAGUCUGCAACCGACAAGGAAUGGCUGUCACACCCUGAGAGUGGCUUGUUUUGGGAUGCGUAAACUCAGGAGCUAUAUAGUGAGAGACUGCGGAGAAGGGAAGUUGCCCUGGGCACACAGCAAGAAGAAGACCAAACGGGAGCUACAGAGAAAAGUCACCAUGCCAGUUGGAGAACACUUACAGAUGGCUUUCCACCUUUUGAUUCUAGAUCCUUCCUGAGACUUAGAUGCCUUUCUGCCUUCAGACUCUGGUGAAGCACC